GGGCGCAUGUGGGCUCUCCGCUCGCUGCUAGGGCUGCGGUGCGCGGCCCGGCGCGCCAUGUCGCAGGGGCCGACUCGCCGGCCGCGGCCGCCCAAGGACCCGCUGCGGCACCUGCGCACGCGGGAGAAGCGUGGCCCGUCGUGGGGGCCCGGGGGCCCGAACACCGUGUACCUGCAGGUGGUGGCGGCCGGCGGCCGGGAUGCAGGCGCUGCGCUCUACGUCUUCUCCGAGUUCAACCGGUAUCUCUUCAACUGCGGGGAAGGCAUCCAGCGACUCAUGCAGGAGCACAAGCUGAAGGUGUCUCGUUUGGACAACAUAUUCCUGACCCGAAUGCACUGGUCUAAUGUUGGAGGGCUGUGUGGAAUGAUUCUUACCUUAAAGGAAACCGGGGUUCCUAAGUGUGUCCUCUCUGGACCUCCACAACUGGAAAAGUAUCUGGAAGCUAUCAAAAUAUUUUCUGGUCCACUGAAAGGAAUAGACCUGGCGGUGCGCCCCCACUCCGCGCCGGAAUACCAGGACGAGACCAUGACGGUCUUCCAGAUCCCCAUCCACAGUGAACAGGAGAAUGGGAAGCACCAGCCAGCGCAGAGUCCAGAGGGGCUGAGUCCAGAGCCGUCUCCCGACUCGGGACCAGCGGAAGGGGAGCAGCACCCGGCGGAUGGUGUUGGCCAGAAAAUGCAUGGCAGGGACCCCUCCUUGGUCGUAGCUUUUGUCUGUAAGCUCCACAUGAAGAAGGGAAACUUCUUAGUACUCAAAGCGAAGGAGCUGGGCCUCCCAGUCGGAACAGCUGCCAUUGCACCCAUCAUUGCUGCUGUCAAGGACGGGAAGAGCAUCACGUUCGAAGGAAGAGAGAUUUUGCCUGAAGAGAUCUGCACCGCCCCAGACCCCAGGGUCGCUUUUGUUGUGGUAGAAUGUCCAGAUGAAGGAUUCAUUCAGCCCCUCUGUGAGAAUGCCACCUUCAGGAGUUUCCAAGGAAGAGCCGAAGCCCCCGUGGCCCUGGUGGUCCACAUGACCCCGGAGCACGUGCUCCUGGACAGCAGAUACCAGCAGUGGAUGGAGAGGUUCGGGCCUGACACCCAGCACCUGGUUCUGAACGAGCGGUGCGAGUCGGUCCACAACCUCCGCAGCCACAAGAUCCAGACGCAGCUCGGCCUCAUCCACCCCGGCAUCUUCCCCCCGCUCGCCAGCCUCCGCCCCCAGGAAGGAGGGCUCGCCCCCCGCUUGCCCCUGGUCCGCGGCCAGUGUCUCCUCAAGUACCAGCUCCGGCCCCGGCGCGAGUGGCAGAGGGAUGCCAUCGUGACCUGCGACCCUGAGGAAUUCAUUGCCGAGGCCCUGGAGCUGCCCAAUUUCCAGGAGAGCGUGCAGGAUUACAGGAAGACGGUGCAGGACGGCCCGGCCCCGGCAGAGGCCAGAGGCCGGUAUCCGGAAGUGGUCUUCCUCGGAACGGGGUCCGCGAUCCCCAUGAAGCUCCGGAACGUCAGCUCCACUCUCAUCAACAUCAGCUCCGACGCAUCCCUGCUGCUGGACUGCGGGGAGGGCACCUUCGGGCAGCUGUGCCGCCACUACGGGGACGAAGUAGACCGGCUCCUGGGCACCCUCGCCGCCGUGUUCGUGUCCCACCUGCACGCGGACCACCACACGGGCUUGUUGAACAUCUUGCUGCAGAGGGAGCGGGCUCUGGUGUCGCUGGGGAAGCCGUGCCACCCGCUGCUCGUAGUGGCCCCCACCCAGCUCCGGGCCUGGCUCCAGCAGUAUCACAACCAGUGCCAGCCGCUGCUGCACCACGUCAGUAUUAUUCCUGCCAAAUGCCUUCAGAAAGGAGCUGAGGUCUCCAACCCCAAAGUGGAAAGGUUGAUCAGUUUGCUGCUGGAAACCUGUGGCUUGGAGGAGUUUCAGACCUGCCUGGUCCGGCACUGCAAGCACGCCUUCGGUUGUGCGCUGGUCCACACGUCCGGCUGGAAGGUGGUCUAUUCUGGGGACACCAUGCCCUGUGAGGCUCUGGUCCAGAUGGGGAAGGACGCCACUCUCCUGAUCCACGAGGCCACCUUGGAAGAUGGGCUGGAAGAGGAAGCCGCGGAAAAGACACACAGCACCACCUCCCAGGCCAUCGGCGUGGGGAUGCGGAUGAACGCGGGGUUUGUCAUGCUGAACCACUUCAGCCAGCGCUACGCCAAGAUCCCGCUCUUCAGCCCCGACUUCAACGAGAAAGUCGGCAUCGCCUUCGACCACAUGAAGGUCAGCCUGGGGGACCUCCCGACCGUGCCCAAGCUGCUGACGCCGCUGAAGGCCCUGUUCGCCGGGGAGCUGGAGGAGAUGGAGGGGCGCAGGGAGCGGCGCGAGCUGCGGCAGGUGCGGGCAGCGCUGCUCGCCGGGGGCGACGCGGAGCCCCCGCGGAAACGGGCCCCCGCCGCGCAGCCCGCAAGCCCGCAGAGCAAGAAGGUCAGGGUCCAGUAGCGACACGGGGCCUGCGGAGCCGCUGCGCGGAGGAGGAGUAGGCCGACGUCGGCUCCGUGCACGCCGCGUCUUCGGUCUGUCACGUGGAGUCAGGGCGCACCCCCUCUGC